UUCGUGGCAUACGCAAGCUUGAUACGUUGUUGUGCAGUGCUGUUAUUGUGAAGAUUUAAACUGUAAUUUACACCAUUUAAUCGCAAAGAUGUUCGGAUCAUCGUGUCCUCAUUGCAAGUUGCCGUAUGAUGAGAAAAAACGGAAACCACUACUGCUGCCUUGUGGUCAUGCAUCUUGUCGCAACUGUCUAUCCGAAAUGGAAGACCGAGACGAAAUAAGAUGCGGAGAAAAGAAGUGCAGAAAAUCUUGCACUGAUAACGUCUCGGAUCUGCCCAUGGUAUACGCCCUAAUUCCGGCGAGCUCGGGUGCAUCUGGACAAGGUUCUUCCGGCAGGACUGGGCGGGAUGUAAUUCCCUUGGAGUGCUCUUCAUCAAUGGCACCGAUACCCACAGGGAGAGAAGUCGUUCCUAUGGACAUGGACGACACAGAAUCCCUUGCUGGAUCCUCCGUUUCGGCGGGUAAUUCAGCCUCGUCUGCACACCCCACUUGCGGAGUGUGCAUGGAUGACUAUUGCGACGCCAACCCUCCUCGGCUGCUGACAUGUGGCCAUACUUUCUGCACACUGUGCCUCCAAGAUCUAGAGAAGAAAGAUAAUUACGCUUGCCCACAGUGCCGCAAAACUCGCAAUAAAGGAAGUGUGCCUAAACUUCCUGUAGUCCAAACGCUGAUCCACACAAAAAAUGCUAAAAAUAAAGUGUCCUCCAGGAUCUCAACAGCUCAGGUCAUGAAUAGAGCCCAGGAGCUGCAGCAGGAACACACGCGACGCAUGGCUGCGUCAAUUGAUUCGGACCCAAAAAAUAUGGAAUUGUUUGUCCAGGACAUCCGUGGGCAGACGCAUACUUUCCGUGUUAACCCAAACGCCGAGACCGUCUUGCAAUUGCGGCAGCGACUUCCUGGUCGUCCGGACGACUGUCGCUACCUGACGUUCGAGGGCCGUACUCUGGAAAACCAACGCUAUCUCGCGGAAUACAACGUUCGUCCGCAAUGCACGAUCCAUGAACGGGGGCGUUUGUCGGGUGGCGAGUUCUAAAUUGAGCAUUUUGUUGUUGCAGCAUAGUUCUAGACGGAAAGGUAGUAUUGUUCCAGAUGGAGAUCCGACCCCUUGAUGAAGUGCUUUUAGACUGGAAAAUGUUCGAGUCAUUAUUGGGUAAGCGAUGGCUUGAGAAGGAGCUAGGAGAAAAGUUACAUGUUAAGUAAAGUUCUAUGUCGAGGAUGUUUUGCUCGGAGAAGAAGUCUGUGGGAUAGCUGAAAGUGAAUGGCAUCCUAUUAGCAAAAGUCAAAAGAUACAGGCCGGAUAUAAAGAAUAUGGAACAGAUAAUAUUAUAUACACUGUUAGCGUUUACUCGAGGAUUUUCUUGUAUUACUUUUUUCAUUUAUUAGGAGGAAAUGAGACAUUCUUUUACGCAUUUCCAUAUGACCUGUAGCAUAAAUUAUGAUUUUAUUUCAAGGGGUUUGUGCCAAGUUUGUACAAGGCAUUUUUGAAGUCAAGUUCAAUGAUUAUUUAAAAUUCAAAACUAUUCUAGCUAUUCUGGACGUGUUGAUCCCACUGAAUUGUUCAACUUGAAACGCAUUGCUAUAAUAAUCGCUUGAAGUAAAAAUCUUUCAUCUCAA